AUGACAGCCUGGGACACCCACCAGCCCAAAAUCGCCGGCAAGACCACCCUCCGCUCCGCCUCCUACUACAUCUCCAUGUCCGACCACGCCGGCACACACAUCGACGCACCCAAACACUUUGACCCUACCCCUGGCGCUCUGUCGGUGGACCAGAUGCCGCUCGAGGAUUUCUACACCGAGGCGAUCUGUUUGGACUUGUCGCAUGUUGAGCUCAAGGCGUCGAUCUCCGUGGGGGAGAUGGAGGAUGCCCUGGCGAAGUCUGGAGAGGAGAUCAAGGACGGCGACACAGUGCUGUUGUACAUGGCAUUCAACAAGCGUGUUUCCACCGAAGAUACACGCUGGCAGCAUGACUUCCCGGGUCUGGCGCUGGAGUCGGUGCACUGGCUGGCGGAUAAGGGUUGUAAGAUCUUUGGCGUCGAGGCGAUCAGCCCGGCGCCGGAGGGGGAGCUGAAUUUUCAGGCGCAUAACGCUUGUGGUGAGAGGGGUAUCACGCAUAUGGAGGGGUUGGAUAAUUUGGAGGCGGUGGUGGGCAAGGGGAGAUUUACGUUCAUGCGUUGCCGUUGA